ACCCUCCCUGUCCCCUCUCUGUCACCUCACAGUAGUCGUUGCCGGUAGCGGGUGCGGGGGCGCGAGCAGAGCAGAGCGCCCUCUCCCCCGCCCUUCAGGCCGGGCCCGGGCUCGGUCCCCCCGCUCCCUCCUCUCCCCACCCCUGUUGGGCACCGGAAGGUCCAAGCCGCUGCCGGGUGUCCGAGGGCCAUCGUGGCCGCCGCCGCCGCCACAGGUCCCGAUGGACCCGCCGAACCUCUAUCCGGUGAAGCUCUACGUAUACGACCUGUCCAAGGGCUUGGCCCGGCAGCUCAGCCACAUCGUGCUGGGGAAACAACUGGAAGGCAUCUGGCAUACCUCCAUAGUUGUGCACAAGGAUGAGUUCUUCUUCUGCAGUGGUGGUAUCUCCAGCUGUCCCCCGGGAGGGACAUUGCUUGGGCCCCCAGACUCUGUGGUUGAUGUGGGGAGCACAGAAGUCACAGAAGAGAUCUUUCGGGAGUACCUGUCCUCCCUGAGGGAGUCCCUGUUCCGAGGUGAGGCCUACAACCUGUUUGAACACAACUGUAACACCUUCAGCAACGAAGUGGCACAGUUCCUGACCGGGAGGAAGAUUCCUUCUUACAUCACUGACCUGCCCUCUGAAGUUCUCUCCACGAGCUUUGGACAGGAACUUCGGCGCUUCCUGGACACCAUCCUGAUCCAGCCUCCUGGAGGGAGCACCAUGGGCGGACCCAACGGCCAGAGCUAACAGGACUACAUGGGACCGCUCUGCCUCACCAGGGCUUUUCCUUUUUAAACAAAACAAACCCUACCAGAUUUCUAUUUUAUAAUUUUACAUCAGAGCUAACAACCAGGGGACGGCCUUUUAAAUUUUCCAGGGAAGGAGAUCGUCAGGCUGUACGUAGGACAAUGCUGUUAAGAAACAGAACAAAGUGCCACCCCUUCUAAUAGUAUUACACUAAUUUAUUAAGGCUGUCUUGUCUGUGAGUUCACUUUUGACGCUGUUUCCUAAGCGUCUUCCACACUGGAGAAACGGAGGGGGGUUGUUUAAGCAGAAAGCAAAAGGCACAGUUUGGGGGAGCCCCAGCCUAGAACCUCUUUCCAGAGAACAUCCAGUUCUACCCAGGUUGCCACCACCUGUGGGACCCAGAUGAGUUUAAUAACGUCCAUGACCGGGAAGUAGUUACUCUCUAGUGUUAAAUGAACCAAAGGAUUUGGUGCAUAUAGGAACAUUUUCAGGGUGACUAACCUAAGUGAACUCUUUAGCUACAGCCUUUCUCACCUUCCCUCCCCUACCCCAAGCAAGGCCAAGGCGCCAGGGCUGGAGCAGCCAGAGCCUCAGGAUCAAGGGACAGUGACAGCGAGUAUCAGGCCAGAGAAAACAGGAUAAAGCCAUUCCUCCUUCCACUGAUUGCCAAUCCUCUGCCAUCAGUUUUGGGAAACCUGCCUUGCUGCUGUUCCUCAGCAUAGCUGACCUGUCAUAACUGAUGGAAGUCUGGGCUGGAGUGGCAGAAACCAGGCCUUUUGUCUUCAAAUAAUGGUGAAGGUUAUUUGCAGUCACUAUAACCAUCUACCCAGACCAAUAUGCGUAUUUGGCUAAGGACCAAGGGGACAUGAUUUGCUGCUCUAGGAAAAUAACCCUGAUGUAGAAAGAAUAAUGGUGGAGAAUCAGGGUGGCAAGAAAAUUUUAGAGUUGUUUCUGAUAGGGAGUUUUAGAUCAUCCUAAAUGUGUUUUAAAGGCACACAUUAUUUCCAUUGUCAUUCUCAUUUUAAGGAAGCUUGCUUGGGGCACAAGUGGGCAUUUUCCUAUUGCUGCUAGGAGAUUACAGUCAGGGAACAGUCUGGAAUCUCUGAUCUGGAGAAGCUUUCAGAUUCCCUUUCUUCACACGAGCCUCCCAUUAGUUAGUUUCUGGGGAAGUGAGUGCGGAGAAAAGACUAAGAGCUGCCAGGUGCCCACGUCUCAGCUCUGACAGCCGUGGGCCCCUCCUGCCUUGGUUCCCUGCCACUUCUCAGACUUGAAUUAUGUUGUUUCUUCCUGGGGGUCCUCCUUGCAGCAAGGGCCUUUCUUCUCCACAAAGCUGCUGCUCACAUCUGGCCCCAUCCCCUGCUAUCUUUGCCAUUAGCCAUUGCAGUUGGCAUCAUCAGGAUCUCAGCUAGAGAAAAAGAUGUCAUUCUGCCUUAAUGUUUGCCUGUGACCUAACCAGGGGCAUGUGCAGCUGGGAUGUCCAGUGACAUUUUGGGACUUUAAGAUUGGAGUCCAAACGAGUGAGCAGUUCAAUUCUUUUCAAGACCCACUGGUUUGUCAAUGUGCAUGGCAGUAAUAAAUUAGAGCAAAAAAUAGCAGGGACUGUUGUUUAAUGUUGAUCUACUGGCCCAAGGAGAAUGCGUUUUGGAGGCUGGGUUUCCUCUGGGAGGGCAGCAAGUUGGUCGAGGCCAUCGCUGUGCUUCCCACCAGUGUUCUUUCUGUUUCCAGCUUGCCUGGCCCAGCCCUUUCUCUCUUCCAGGCUCCUGCUCCAGACCUCUCUGCCCGGACCUCUCAUCUCUUUCCCAAGGGUGCUGGGCAUCACAACUCUUCUUUCUCCUCUCCCAUUUCCAGGCUCAGCUGGUUUUGCUCCUCCCCCUCAGACCCAGGGCUAUUCUGAGAAGUUAGUCUAAGUAUCUCCCCUGAGAGAGUUUGAGUCACUUGGUUCCUUGAACCGUACCCCCUUCAUGCCCAGCAAUGCCUGUGCCCUAGGGUCUGUGGGGAGAGAUGAAGGGUUCAGUGAGCAGUCUUCCCAGAGCUCUGCAGCAAGACAAGCUCUCCCUCCCCCCAUGCCAUCACUAUUUGUGGAAGCUGAGGCCAGGAGCCCCCCAACCCCACCCUCACAUUUCUGUCUAUCCUGGAACCUCAGGAGCAUGUUCAUUGUGACCAGCUAACUCCACGUGGGUGUGUAAGAGGCAAGCUGGGUACGAAGUGAGUAGUGUACUUGUACCACACAGUGGACUCCUCCACAGAGGUCCACUGGUUUAAAGGGACAGGGAAGAGGAGGGAUGAGAUCAUCACUCCCUCCCAGAAGUAAUGCUUGUACCUUUGAGAUUCCUUUAUGCCCUUGAAAAGUCAAAUUGAUAACUGUGUCUAGUAUGGGGGUGUUUGCUGGUUUUCUUUGGUGUUUUUUCUAAUGCAAUAAACUCAUUUCUGCCUGCUGCA